AUGGAACUGCUCUCCUGGCUCGGGUCCCAGCUCCCAUCCUUCUGGAACAGCUUCACAACACUUGGCCUCUCUUUUGCUGUCUUUAUCCUGCUUUUCGAUCACAUGAAGCGCAGAAAGAGAUGGAACAACUACCCCCCGGGUCCUGUCUCCUUCCCUUUCGUUGGGAACUUGCUGCAGGUCAAUUUCCAAUGUCCUCGCCUUGCUGUAACUGAGCUCAGUGAGAAGUUUGGAAAGAUCGUCUCUCUUCAGGUUGGAUGGAAAAAUGUGGUCCUGCUGAAUGGGUUAGAAGCUGUAAAGGAAGCAUUGGUCCAGAGGUCAGAAGACUUUGCUGAUCGACCACCCUUUUCUUUAUUUGACCAUAUGGGCUAUAGAAAAAACUGUGAAGGGAUAAUGAUGGCAAGGUAUGGCCAUGGCUGGAAGGAGCUGAGGAGAUUCACACUCUCCACCUUGAGGAAUUUUGGGCUGGGGAAGAAAUCCCUGGAUCAGCGUGUGACUGAGGAAGCUGGAUGUCUAUGCUAUGCGUUCAGUUCUAAAGAUGGCCAUCCUUUCAAUCCACGCUUCCUCAUAAACAGUGCCGUCGGCAAUGUGAUGUGCUCCCUCACUUUUGGCAACCGCUUUGAGUACAACAACGAGAAAUUCCAGAGGAUGCUACACCUGAUAGAGGAGGCUUUCAAUAUAGGAGCUGGAAUCAUGUCCCAGAUUCUGGACAUGAUGCCUUGGUUGUUGUAUAUUCCUGGGCCUCAUCAUAACAUCUUCCAACCCUAUACUGAUAGCUUUGACAUCCUAAGGGAGAUUGUGAAGGAGCACAAGGAGACCCGGGAUCCAGGCUUUACCAGAGACUUCAUUGAUGCUUUUCUGGAGGAGAUAGAAAAGGCUAAAAUGGACCCAGAGAGCACUUUCAAUGAGGACAAUCUGAUCUUUACAGUUUUUGACCUGUUUGGUGCUGCCACUGAAACAACCACUGUAACCCUGUGCUGGGCACUGCUGUACAUGCUUCGCUAUCCUGAUGUCCAAAGAAGAGUCCAUGAGGAAAUUGAUAAGGUGAUUGGCAGGGAUAGGUCACCUGAUAUAGAGGACCAAGUGAACUUGCCUUACACCAAUGCUGUGAUCUAUGAAACUCAGCGUUAUUGUGAUGUUGUUUUUGCUGGAGUGCCUCGCACGACGUACCGGGACACCGAAGUUCAAAAGUUUUUCAUCCCUAAGGGCACCAUCAUCAUCGCAGUUUUGUCCUCGGUGCUGAAGGAUGAAACGGUUUGGGAGAAACCCCACGAGUUCUACCCGGAGCACUUCCUGGAUGCAGAUGGGCAGUUUGUGAAGCGAGAGGCCUUCCUGCCUUUCUCUGCAGGUCGUCGCAUGUGUCUGGGGGAGCAGCUGGCCAGGAAGGAGCUCUUUCUCUUCUUCACAACCCUCCUGCAGCAGUUCACUUUCCAUAUCCCUGAGGAUCAGCCCAGGCCACGGGAUGACGGGCAUUACGUCCUCAUACAUUCCCCAGACUCCUACGAGCUGUGUGCCAGCCCCAGAUAA